AUGAUAACAUCUAGCCAUGUCGUCGGCGCGCUCUUUGCUGCCGCGACGUGCGUCUUCGCGCUGGAUCUGGACGUGAACGAUCCCGAUUCGAUAAGGAAUGCAACUUCUGUCAUCGCACAUGGUAUGAUGAGCUACUACACCGGCAAUGUCACGAAUACACCGGAGACGGUUGGAGUACUGGGACCACCAUACUACUGGUGGGAGUCUGGUGCCAUGUGGGGUGCCUUAAUGGAUUACUACCAUUAUACUGGGGACUCGUCAUAUAACGAUGUCCUGACACAAGCACUUCUCAGCCAAGUUGGGCCCGAACAGGACUUUAUGGUUCCUCUGCACGCAAAGGACGAGGGCAAUGAUGAUCAAGCUUUCUGGGGUUUUGCUGCGAUGUCUGCGGCAGAGAAAGAUUACCCUCAACCGUCCUCCGGAUAUAGCUGGGUUGAACUGGUCGAACGGCUCUGGAAUACUCAAGUUGUCCGGUGGGACACGGAAUCCUGCGCUGGGGGUUUAAGAUGGCAGAUUUUCUCCUUCAACAAUGGGUACGACUACAAAAACACCGUUUCGAAUGGUGCAUUCUUUCAACUUUCAGCUCGGUUGGCUCGCUUUACCGGAAAUCAAACAUAUGUGGACUGGGCAGAGAAGGUUUACAAUUGGACGGUGGACCUUAACUUGAUGACAGAAGAUUACCACGUUUAUGACGGCGCCGAUGUGCUGAAGAACUGCUCCGACCAAAAUCGACUGAUUUGGACUUACAACGCGGGAAUAUAUCUUUAUGGGUCCGCAAUGAUGUACAAUUAUACCAAUGGCUCGGCCUUGUGGCAGCAACGCACCCAAGGUCUUUUUAACGCAACUGCCAACUUUUUCAGCCCCUUUGACAACGCUACGGAUAUCAUGUUCGAACCGGCGUGCGAGACCGUCAAUCAUUGCAACACGGACCAGUUCUCCUUCAAGGGUUACCUGUCCCGUUUCAUGUGGGCAACAACGCUGAUUGCGCCAUUCACCAAAAUCGCUACAAACCAGCUUCUUACAGCUUCGUCAAAAGCUGCCGCGCAAUCUUGCUCUGGGCCUGGCGAUGGAGUGACCGGGGAUAUGAUGGCAAAUGGGGUGCAGUUUAAGUAUAUUUUAAGUAAAAACUUUAAUACUUAUAAAGAGUCUAUAUUUACCUCUAUAACCUACGUAAUAAAUAAUAUUACGAGUAGUAUUAGCCUCGGCGUCUCUACUCUAAGUAGAACCGAAUCGUUAUACUUUAAGUACCUAUUCUUAUUUAUUAUAAAGGCCUAA